UACAACACCAAAAAUCACAACCGCGUAGUUGGGGCCUUCAACCGAAAUCCGAACGCCUCCGUUAGGGAUGUGGCUAAGAAGCUGCACCUAAGCCGAAGUUUUGUCCAGAAGGCCAAAACUAAGGCUGGGCUUCAAACGUUCAAGGUACAAAAGGCCCCUAAUCGCGACGAGAAGCAGAACAAGUCCGCCAAAACCCGUGCCAGGAAGUUGUACCUCAACAUGCUGACGAAAGUUGAAUGCUGCAUCAUGGACGACGAAACAUAUGUGAAGGCCGACUUCAAACAGCUCCCCGGCAACCUGUUUUUCACGGCCAAGGAUAAGUUCAGCGUUCCGGAGCAUGUCCGCACUCAGAAGAUGUCCAAAUUUGCGAAGAAAUUCCUGGUUUGGCAAGCCAUCUGCACGUGCGGGAAGUGGAGUGCACCUUUCGUGACCCAGGACACGAUGAACGGACAGGUGUACAUAAAAGAGUGCCUCCAGAAGCGGCUGCUUCCUCUCCUGAAGGCCCACAACGUCCCAACAAUCUUCUGACCGGAUUUGGCCUCAUGCCACUACUCCAAGGACGUGCUGAAGUGGUAUGCGGACAAUAAGGUCAAUUUCGUGCCGAAAAUGUUCAACCCUCCCAAAACUCCGGAGCUCCGCCCCAUCGAGAAGUACUGGGCGAUUAUGAAGCAGCACCUUCUUAAACGACCUAAGGUAGUGAAGACAGUCGAGGAACUGAAGAAAGUAUGGGUUUACAUGCAAAAAACGGUUGAUUCACAGGUUGUGCAGAAUCUUAUGGCCGGGGUUAAGGCCAAGGUGCGGGCAUUUGCGUAUGGACUGUAAAUAAAAUACGAGUAAAAUGGUAAAAUGAAGUUUAAUAGUUAUUUCUCAAUCCCUGAAAAUUUGAUGGCAAUCGGAUGAAAACUCGAAUUUUGCGAAUCAAUUUUGUGUGUGGCAAUUUCAUCGUGGACACCCUUUACGACACGUAGUGAGUGAGGUGUCAUAAAUGGCACCAGAAGACGCUGAAGAAAACCAGCAAGGGAACCCUAUCCCUAGAUCGCCAGUUAGCAGUUCCGGUUCAUUUCACGGCUUCGAGUGGGAAGCAGCUAUGGAUCCUGAAUCUGCAAAACAGUGGCAGGGAAUAUCCAGGCAACGUGAACAAGUGAAGCAAAAGAUUGUGCGCAUUCGGCGUUCUCUCAUUAGUGGAAAGCCACCGACUUUGGCGCAACUGACAAAUAUGUCCAAGCAUCUGUCCGUUGUGUACACCGAGUACAGCGGAUUCCACAGCAAAGGACUGGCGCAUCUUCCACAUGAUGCGCUGGACGAGCAGGAACAUGAAUAUGCCAACUUCGAAGAUCUCUACAACAACGUUACCGAUGCCGUACAGGAGUUGUUGCUAGAAGCACAAGCGAACGCGGCCACUCCAUCGCCGAGAACCGUCCAUAACCCGCAGGUGGUCGUCCCGCAGCAGCCGCUCAGCGCACCAAUUCCAACAUUCGAUGGCAAUUACUCUGGGUGGCCUAAAUUCAAAGCUGUCUUUCAGGGUUUGAUGGCUCACUCGGGGGAUACAGACGCCAUAAAACUGUAUCACCUCGAUAAGGCGCUCAUCGGAGAUGCAGCUGGUGUUUUGAAUACCAAGAUCCUUAGUGAAGGGAACUAUCAACAAGCUUGGGACAUUUUGGAGGAUCAUUACGAAAACAAGCGGGUUCUCGUAGAAACCCACAUCCGUGGUCUGUUUUCACUACGAGAGAUGUCAUCGGAGGUUCUCACCGCAAUCACCAGUGCUCGGCCUUGUCCAACCUUACUCCUGCCCAAAAGAAUGAGAAGAUACGAACUGCUGGAGUCUACUUCAACUGCUUGCGCAAAGGGCAUCGAUCCAAGGACUGCCCUUCCAACAAAUCGUGCCACAAGUGUCAAGCCGACACCACACGUUGCUCCAUGAUGAUGGGGCACCUCGCCAUGAGAAGAAGUCCAACGUUUCCGCGGAAGCAGUGGCAAGCCCGCCUCUGGUUCCGGCUGCUCCGAAUUAACAGAUGUCGGUGCAGACGAUUCCUGCCCCAGUGGAUCUACCAGUGUCAACAACCUGUUCGUCGAAUGUUGUCUCAUUUCCCAAGACGGUACUGUUGCUGACCGCAGUGGUACAUGUCUUGGAUAAAGAUAACCAGCCAUAUCCGUGCCGGGUACUUUUGGACAGCGACUCCCAAGUCAACUUUGUAACCGAAGAGAUGGUUAACCGCCUUGGCCUUCCAAAGAAACCAGCCAACGUUCCGAUCGUGGGAAUCAACGCCCUACGGUCCCUCGCCCGCGACAAGGUGGUGGUCAAGUUCCAGUCCCGUGUAUCCAAUUUCCACGCAAGCCUCGAGUGUCUGGUUACCCCGAGAGUGACCGGCACGAUUACUACAUCGAGAAUAGACAUCACCAAAUGGACGAUCCCUGAAGGGGUAAUCCUAGCUGAUCCCAAGUUCCACAGUCCGGAUAAGGUGGACUUGCUGAUCGGUGGGGAGUUAUUCUUCGAUAUCCUGAAACCUGGUCAGCUGAGCCUAGCCGAAGGUCUUCCACAAUUGCGAGACACUUAUCUGGGGUGGAUCGUAGCAGGUGCCAUCAAUGAUCAGCUCGUGUCAAACGUGUCGCUCCAAUCCAACACAGCCGUUGAAGACAUUGAGCAAAGGAUGCACCGGUUCUGGCAAGUCGAGGAGGUGCCGGACGUUCCCAAGCUGUCGACCGAGGAAGCAGCACGCGAAGCCCAUUUCCUUUCCGAACGUGACGAAACUGGAAGAUUCAUCGUGAAACUGCCGUUCAAGGACAAUCUUCUCCAAUUGGAUAACUGUCACAGUCUAGCUUUGAAAAGAUUCCUGAUGUUGGAGAAGCGAUUAAUCCGCAAUCCCGAGCUGCAGACUCAGUACAUGAACUUCAUCCGGGAGUACGAAGCUCUCGGCCACUGCACCGAGAUCAACGAGUCUGAAGAUCCACCCAACAAACAAACCUACUAUUUGCCGCAUCAUGCAGUGUUACGUCCGUCCAGCUCGAGCACGAAAUGUCGAGUCGUGUUCGACGCAAAACGAUCUGCACCAUAUCGCGCUACGGUUCCGAAAAUUCAAGGUUGCCAUCACCGGAGACAUCUCUAAAAUGUACCGUCAAAUACUCAAAGCCCUGUUGGAUCGUAGUUUCCUUCGAAUCUUUUGGAGAGAGCACCCAUCGUUACCCCUACAAGUCCUGGAACUCUGUACCGUUACGUUUACUCUGGGAUCCAUCUGAAGACUCGAUACUCAUAGCCUAUCGUCCAAACCCAACAUUGCAUCCGCAACGGCCUACGAAAAGAACGAUGUACUCCGAGAUCGCCAGGUUUUUUGACUGGGACUGGUUUCACCGGUCAUUGUUUUGGCGAAGCUUCUAGCGCAGAAAUUGUGGCAGCUUAAGUCCGGGUGGGACGACCCGGUUGACGAAGACAUCGCACAGCAGUGGCGACAACUCCAAGAUUCCUUGUCGCAUCUUCACGAGAUCGAGAUCCCAAGGCGCGUGACGAUGGACAAAGUGGUCGCCUACGAGCUGCACGGCUUUUCUGAUGCCUCCAACAAGGCCUAUGGAGCCUGCAUCUUUUUGGCGAUGGCUCGGCGAAGCUUCGUCUCCUCACCAGCAAAUCGAAACUGGCUCCCCUAAAAGAGCUGUCCAUCCCACGAAAGGAACUGUGCGCCCCUCUCCUACUAACCCGGUUAGUACAGAAGGUGUUACCAGCCCUGGAACACUUUCCGUGAAAUAUUCCUGUGGUGCGACAGUACGGUAGUCCUCGCUUGGAUUAAGAAACCUCUCAACCAGCUACAGUUGUUUGUACGGAAUCGAAUCGCAAUUAUACAAGAGCACACCAGGAAGUACCGGUGGGAGUAUGUCCGGUCCCAACAGAACCCAGCAGACAUCGUAUCCCAAGGUCAACUAGUUGAAUCCCUGAAGCACAACAGCCUUUGGUGGAAUGGGCCCGAAUUCCUGCAAAGAGUUGAGUACACUGAAGUCUUUUUUUACACGGUUUUUUACGCGGUUUUUUUUACACGGUUUUUCGCGAUUUACACGGUACGUUUUUAAAGAUUUCUCGACAACGAUACAACCUAUCGACUUGAUUCCAAUCACAUUAUCCGUUUCAAGCUAUAGGUAAUCGAAUGACAUACUAAGAAAAAAAAAUCACAAUUUUUGGUGUAAAUACAGAAAUUUUUAAAAUAUGUCUUUAUGGACCAUAGCAUGCUAUA